AUGUCUGACGAAGAAGAAUACUCUGGCUCCGAGGAGGAGGAAGUAGAAGAAGAAGUCCCGGAGACAAAAGGUCUUAACAUUAACAACACCGUCCAAGAUUGGUUCGAGUCACUAAUAUCUUCUUCAUUUUACAGGGGCGAGGGAGACCCAGAAUUCAUUAAGCGUCAAGACCAGAAGCGGUCUGACUUGGAUGAGCAGUUGAAGGAGUACAUUAACGAAUGGCGUAAACAACGCGCCAAGGAGGAAGAUGAACUCAAACGUCUUAAGGAGAAGCAGGCCAAGCGCAAGGUAUCUCGUGCUGAAGAAGAGAAGCGCCUCGCACAGAAGAAGAAGGAGGAAGAAGAAAGGAGAGUCCGUGAGAUUGAAGAGAAGAAACAACGUGACAUCGAAGAGAAGAGGCAGCGACUCGAAGAGGCUGAGAAGAAACGCCAGGCUAUGCUCCAGGCCAUGAAAGAUGCCAGCAAGACCGGACCCAACUUCACCAUUCAAAAGAAGAGCGACAACUUCGGCCUUAGCAACGCUCAACUCGAGCGCAACAAGACCAAGGAACAGCUGGAGGAAGAGAAGAAGAUCUCCCUCUCCAUCCGUAUCAAACCCCUCGCCAUCGAAGGUCUGUCCGUGGACAAGCUGCGACAGAAGGCCGUCGAGUUGUGGGAGUGCAUCAUCAAACUCGAGACCGAGAAAUACGAUCUCGAGGAGAGACAGAAGAGACAGGACUAUGACUUAAAAGAGCUCAAAGAAAGACAAAAGCAGCAGCUGAGGCACAAAGCUCUCAAGAAGGGUCUCGACCCUGAGGCGUUAACAGGCAAGCACCCUCCCAAAAUCCAAGUCGCGUCUAAGUAUGAGCGACGCGUGGACACACGUUCCUACGACGACAAAAAGAAACUGUUCGAGGGUGUAAGUAUCAUAACGAUAGAAAAAAACAACUUUCAUAGUUUAUACAUAGAGGUUACUAUCAUUGACCUUGAGAAACUGAACAAGGACUUCCUUGAGAAGGUGUGGCAAGAGAGGGCCGACCAGUUCGGUGGCAGGCAGAAGGCGAGACUGCCCAAGUGGUUCGGUGAGCGACCUGGUAAGAAGAAGGGCGAUCUGGACUCCCCCGAGGGUGAGGAAGACGUGAAGGCUGAGGUUGAGGAAGAAGAUGAGCCAGUGUACGAACCUGAACCCGAGGAGGAGGAGGAGGAAGUCGAGGAAGUUGAGGAGGAGGAGGAAGAAGAAGAGGAGGAAGAGGAGGAGGAGGAGGAAGAAGAAGAGGAAUAA